AUGACCGGGCGCUUCUCUAUUGUGGAGGAGUGGAAGAAGAUCCCAUUAUACCUUGUUCCAUUGUUCCCAAUAUUUUCAUUCACCAGGUUUCCGUUUUCGCGGUUCUCGUACUGUCUUCCCUUCACCACCGCUCUUCCGAGCCUCAAGCGCCGCGGGGGAAGUUUCGUCGUGCAGAAUGGUAUUGACGCGAUCAACUUGAACAACCAGUUCCAGUCUCUGACUCCAUCCUCGCCCUGCACCUCCGGCAACGCCUGUGUCAACAGCGAGUUUGCUCAGUGUGUCAACGGGCAGUACGUCCUCACCUCGUGUGCAUCAGGUCUCAUCUGUGCUGCACUUCCCCUUGUCAACUCUGCUGGAACCAGCAUCACUUGUACCACUCAAGCAGACCUGAACUCUCGCAUUGCCGCCACUGGCGCAACUGCCAACGGGACAACCGCAACAAGCGUCUCCUCUAAUGUGACCACUGCAAUGGCAGGCUCUGGAUCGAGUUCCAACUCGAGUGCUCAGACCUCCCUAACGCUGCUUUCAAGCCUCGUCGCUCCGAAUUUUGCUCAGAACGGUCAGAACACGAACACCUCUGAGGCUGGUGAAUAUCCUUCUUUGACUUCCAACGACAAUUUCAUCAACUAUUGUGCUACGUUGUCCAACCUCCCUAUUACAAACGGCCAGCAAAUCAAAAACGGUUCCUGUAACCCUGCUCCCAUGGGUGCCAUCCCUUCCACCUCGAAUAUGCCCAGCGCCAAAUUCGUUAGUCCCAACAACCUAGCUGUUCUCCCAGCGAACACUACCUUCCAGGUGACGUUGGCGAUCAAGGGACUGCAGACUGGGUUCUUUGUUAAUCCGGACACAAAUUACUUUGCCGCUCCCCAACAAAUUGAUCCUACGUCUGGGCAAAUUCAAGGUCACUCCCAUAUCGUUAUCGAGGCUCUUGAGUCCCUUACGCAGACCACCCCAACGGACCCCAACAAGUUCGCAUAUUUCCUUGGUAUGAACAGCAAGGCAGAUGCAAAAGGUCAACUUUAUGCCAACGUCACUGGCGGUUUGCCUGAGGGGACUUACAAGAUGUCCACCAUCAUUUCCGCGAUGAACCAUCAACCAGUUCUCGUCGCUGUGGCGCAGCACGGAGCAUUGGAUGAUCAGAUCUACUUCACUGUUGUUGCCCCUGGCCAGAACGGCACAACCACGACAACGACCUCGAUCAGGUGGCUAGCUGCCUCUCGACUGCUGUCCCAACCACAAGGGGCCAAUACCGUGUUAUGAUGGCUCGUACUAACGAUCCCAUAGCAAUGCUCAACUGGCUUGAGUCUGUAGAUUGCUGCUUUCCUUGCAUUCGCAUUCUUUGUUCAUAACCGUACUGAUUACGUUUACAUCGCACGAUUCAUAGUCGCUGAGCAAGAUUGCUCUCACCAAAUUCAGUGUAGUACUAGAGUACCUUGUAUACUAUACUUUGAUGUUUUAUUAGCACUUAGCUUAUAUCCAAUAGUCCUAUCAUUCUAGAUGAAAUGACUUUCACUACCGUGAUUUCUGUGGCAGUGGCCGCAGGUAUAAAAAUCAGAUGAAAAAAAAGUGCUUGAUCUCAUCUGUUUUGCCUCGAAUACGCAUUCGCGUUGUAUUUAAUUUCUGAGUCUAAUGAAAUGUCGCCUAC